AUGGCCACACGACCCGCCCCACCCCUGCCUGGCCAGCGGACCAGGACGGCAGGUAGCGCUUCAUCCUCCAGAACGGCGGCCAAGCCGCGUAUUGGGCAGUAUAUUAUCGAGCGGACGCUGGGGACUGGAUCGUUUGGGAAGGUCAAGCUGGCAACUCACUCGAUCACAGGUCACCAGGUCGCUUUGAAGCUCAUCAAUCGCGCCAAGAUCACUACGCCGGAUAUGAAUGCGCGGGUCAAGCGGGAGAUCCAGUAUUUGAAGGUGCUGAGGCACCCUCACAUCAUCAAGCUGUAUGAAGUAAUCACCACCCCGACGGACGUCAUUAUGGUGAUGGAAUACGCUGGGGAAGAGCUAUUCAACUAUAUCGUGCAGAAGGGCAAGGGAGGGAUGCCCGAAGGUGAAGCCAGGAGAUUCUUCCAGCAAAUGAUCGGUGCGAUAGAGUAUUGCCAUCGACACCACAUCGUCCAUCGGGAUCUCAAGCCUGAGAACCUGUUCUUGGACAACCACAACAAUAUCAAGAUUGGGGACUUUGGAUUGUCGAACCUCAUGACGGAUGGAGACUUCUUAAAGACCAGCUGUGGCAGUCCCAACUACGCCGCACCUGAGGUUAUCUCGGGCAAACUCUACUCUGGACCUGAGAUCGACGUCUGGUCCGCCGGAGUCAUCAUGUAUGUCCUCCUCUGCGGCAAGCUUCCGUUCGACGACGACCAUAUCCCGUCCCUCUUCAAGAAGAUAGAAAGCGGCGCCUUCCACAUUCCUUCACACAUCACCGACCCCGCCAGGCACCUCCUGAAGAGAAUGCUGGUCGUUGACCCCGUCAAGCGAGCGACCAUUACCGAGAUCCAGCAAAUGCCCUUCUUCCAAGAACGCCUCCCGCGGUAUCUCCAGCCUUUACCCGAAGUGGAUCGUUUCCCGACUUUACCAAUGGACGACCUCUCCACUUUGUUGCUCAUCAACGAGGGCCAGGCGGAUCCGAAGAAGGUCGCCGAGAGUAAAGGGCUGGUGUUUACGGAGGAUUUGGGGGUGAUUGAUCCGGAUAUCGUGAAUGAGGUGUUGGAGAAGAUUUCGACGUAUAGCCCAGAGAUUGUCUGGGGGGCUUUGCAGAAGGAGGGGGAUAAUCAGGUCAAGGUGGCGUAUCAGCUCGUCAGGGACCACCGGAGGAUCAUCAAGGAUUCGUUGAAUGCGCAUCAGCUUGAAGAGGAGGAAGACGAGGCGACGGCCAUGGAGGACUUUAUGGCCUCUUCGCCGCCUGCGUGGAAUUCGGAACUGCCCCGGCCUGCUCCCCAGACCCGCACACCACAGAAUGGGCAGGAGGAGCUGGAUAUUGAGGAAUUCGAGGGGGAUAUUCAGGAUAUCCCCAACGCUCACUUUGACGUCCUUAACAGUAGUCUACCAGGAUACACCAGCCGCGCCCGUAAGUCUUACCAGCAACAUCGGGGUCCAUCGGUCGCUUCUACCGCUACACUUGUCGAUGAGCAAGAUCCCGCAGAGGCCGCUCGUGGGCCUCAACCGCGGCACACCGGCCCCGACGGCAAACCCCUCCAGAAGCCUCGGUGGCACUUUGGCAUUCGGUCCCGCUCGCCACCCAUGGAAGUCAUGUUGGAGAUCUACAAGACGCUGGGCGUUCUCAACAUGCAGUGGCGCAGGAAGGACGGGAUCAGUAUGCCUGAUAUCGGGACGCCCAUCCCUUCGAUUGGAGGGUAUACGGAGGAGGUGGAGGCUGCGAUAGAGCAGUGGACGGGGGAGACGGGGGCCAAGGUCGAGAUGGGACGGAAAGCGCCAGCAAAGAAGGAGGCGGCGGCGGUGGAGAAGGCGGCGCAGGGGCUGUAUUUGGUGGAGACGCGUGCGAGGUAUGGGGAUAUCAUGGUGAGGAUGGAUCUCCAGCUCUAUCGGGUAGACUCGCAGAACUACCUCGUCGACUUCCGGAAUAUCGGGUACUACCGAGCACCCGACGCCGCGCCGGUAGAAGGCGGGACUGCCCCAGGGGGUCCGAGCGAGAUGGGGAUUGGGGGUGUGUCGGGCCCAUUCCACUUUUUGGAGAUGGCAUGUCAGCUCAUCGCUGAGCUCGCCAGUGGGUAG